AUGAGGGAAGGCAAGGUGGAAUUUCAAAUUCAAUGGUACAAGAAGACGGGCAAGUUGCCACAAACUGUAGCGGAUUGCGUAGAGAGGACUGGUCAGGGAUUGCACUCGGGCGACAUUUCGACCGUUAGGAUUCUACCAGCGGCUCCUCGCGUCGGCCGUUACUUCAUUUUCCAAUCGAAUGUUAUUCGCGCGUCAAUUGAAAAUGCUCUGAAGGAGACUCCUCUCUGCACCACGCUGUCCAAAGAUGGAUACAGCGUUAGGACUGUUGAGCACUUGCUCUCCGCUUUGAAGGCCUCUGGUGUUGAUAAUUGUCGCAUCGAGAUUCAGGGAUCUGGAGAAUGUGAUCGUUCUGUUGAGGUGAUUUCCAGUUUUGAUUAG